AUGUCUUCAUCCAAGAUCGUUCUCAGGAGUUUCGACGGCGAAACCUUCCACAUCGAUGAAGCGGUGGCUCUCGAGUCUCCGACCAUCAAGCACAUGAUCGAGGACGAUUGCGCCGAUACGGUCAUCCCUGUGCCCAAUGUCACCAGUUCCAUUCUCACUAAGGUGAUUGAGUUCUGCAAGAAGCAUGUCGAGGCCGAUGCUAAGGAUUCUAAAGCCCUCGAUGAUACUCUCAAAGCCUGGGACGCUGAAUUCGUCGAGGUUAAUCAGAAUAUCCUCUUUGAUCUCAUCUUAAAGAAAAUUGGCUUCAUUGAUGGCACAAUUGAGGAACCGCCCCAAGAUGCAAAUUCGACCGAAUUCGAACUCUGGAAUCAGUGCAACACUUCACAAACUUCGACAUUAGCUCCUUCGACUCCUGUUGUUUCACUUCAUGAUCCAUCCUACUUAAGCAUCCAUCCUCCACCUUCCAUUCCUCCUUCACCUCUUAUCCCUUCACCUACUACUUUGUCGUCUCCUCCACCUUCUCUAGAUUUCCCUACUGAUUCCAAUCCUAUCCCGCCUGAUACAUCAACUUCACUCUGA